CACUAAUGUGCAUGAAUAUUUUGUUUUCCUUUUCUAGGUGAUUUAGAUAUUUGAAUACAUGUUUGUAUUUUACAUUCUAUUUUCUUCUUCUCCAUUGACCCUUGUUUUGGCAUUAGAUCAACAUGGUUACUUAAUUUUCAAGUCUUGUGAUGUUCGAUCUGUUGCUUGCCCUUGCCCAUAGAGUAUUAAUUCCAUACUGGAUUAAAGUAAAUUCUGUUUGAUUCUGAACUUAAAGUAAAUUCUUUAGUGCUUUCCUCUCUUUAUUUGGGAAACUAGAGUUUCAAUGUUAUUUAGAACUUACUUUCAUCUAUAUUUUUCUUGCUAUUGAUACUAUCAUUAGAGUUGACUCAAUAGCAGCUCAUUUCAUGAUAAACUUUAGAUCUUUAUUAUAAGUGCAACCAAUUAUUUUUCUUGCAUUGAUGGCUUCCACAUUCUCCGGUCUCCACUCCUUGUUUUCUUCAGCAUUUACAGAUUUCUACAUUAUGAGAAAGACCAAAGAUCAAUUAUAGUAUACAUGAAAGCAGAAGACAAUGUUUUGGGUUCGCACUUAAAUGAAAGUUUAAAUAAGUGAAGAUCCAGAAGCCCCAAAAUUCAAAAUUCAAAAUUUUCAGAUGGAAUCUUCUACAAAGGAAGAAAAGUAUUGUGAUACAACUCUUGCAUUUAUGGACCUUGCUAUACAGCAGGCUAAACUUGCCUUAGACAGCCUUGAAGUUCCUGUUGGUUGUGUCCUUGUUGAAGAUGGGAAUGUCGUAGCCUUGGGAAGAAAUCGAACUAAUGAGACACGAAAUGCUACAAGACAUGCAGAGAUGGAAGCAAUUGAUUCUCUCCUUGAGCAGUGGGUGAAAAUGGGACAUUCAAAGCUUGAAAUAGCUGAAAAGUUUUCAAAAUGUAUGCUUUAUGUUACAUGUGAGCCGUGUAUCAUGUGUGCUAGUGCUUUGUCAAUUCUUGGCAUAAAAGAAGUUUUCUAUGGAUGUGCAAAUGAGAAAUUCGGAGGAUGUGGAUCCGUUUUGUCAUUGCACUCGAGUAACCCUGAACCACACAUUACCGGUGGUGGCGGUGGAGUUAUGCAAGGGAAGGGAUUCAAAUGCAAUGGAGGAAUAAGGGCAUCAGAAGCAAUCUCUUUAUUUCGCAAUUUCUAUGAGCAAGGGAACCCCAAUGCUCCGAAGCCUCACAGGCCCGUCGUUCGCGAAGAAAACUGCUGAACAUGCCAACCAGUAGAGGAUUAAAAGUCGAACAAUAUCCACUACUAGAAGAACUAGGGGUCACCUAUGUUUUCUUGACUUGUUUCCAGGCUCAAGUAGUAAAGAGUUUAACCCUCUUUUAUGCCCAAGUAGUAAAGCAUUGGGCUCCAUUGUUUACUCAAGUAUAAAAUUGACCCUUUGAUACUAGGUGGUUGUAUUUCGAUCCUUUUUUCAAGUCAAUAAAAUUAUUAUGUACUUUAUAUCUGUAACAGCCUCAUGAGGAGUGAAGAAGUGAAAGAAAAGCCAACCUUCAAUUUAUUACUACAUGCAUGUAUUGAAUUAGUGAAUUUGCACCCUGA